CUUUCUGUUUCGUGAAACCCGUCAUGAUUAACAUGCAUGCAGUUCAUAGUUGGAUGAUUUCAUAGUUUAAGCCUUGGAUGUACAUGUCUGACCGAAAUCUUUAUGGAGACACACAAGAAUGCCACCUCUAAAAUGAGCCUCUAUAAGGAGAGAGAGGAGGGGGGAUGUUGUUCACUACCAGAACCAGAGAGCAGAAUCUCCAGAUCCCAGCUGUGUGUCUAUGAAGAGUGACGGAUCUAUGCGUCAUCCCCCUGAUCUCAGUGAUGGAACAGUGAACAAUGACUCUGUUAUCAGACCAAAGGAAAGUCAGACAACAUCAUGUUCAGUAUCCAGCUGUGUGUCUAUGAAGAGUGACGGGUCUAUGCGUCAUCCCCCUGAUCUCAGUGAUGAAGCAGUGACCACUGACUCUGUAGCUAAACUCUAUGAAGAGAGAGGAGAGGGGGAUGUUGUUCACUACCAGAACCAGAGAGCAGAAUCUCCAGAGCCCAGCUGUGUGUCUAUGCAGAGUGACGGAUCUAUGCGUCAUCCCCCUGAUGUCAGUGAUGGAACAUUGAACAUUAACUCUGUAGGUGAUCAUUCUAAAAACCUGCAGCAGAUUUCUCACCAACCAGUUGAUGAUGAACUACAGAGAGUCAAAGACAUACACAAAACCAGCAUGAAGAAUAAGUAUGAGAGCUUAUUUGAACCAGUCAAAUUACAAGAUAAUCAAACCCUCUUGAACAGGAUCUACACACAGCUAUACAUCACAGAGGGAGAGAGUGAAUGGGUGAAUGAUGAACAUGAGGUUUUACACAUUGAGAAAACACAUAGAACACAACACUCACAAGACACUCCAAUCUACUGUAAUGACAUCUUUAAACCCUCAACUGAACCAGGAUGUGAGAAGAAAGACAAAAUAAAGGUUGUUCUUACUAAAGGCAUUGCUGGAAUUGGAAAAACCGUCUCUGUGCAGAAGUUCAUUCUGGACUGGGCUGAGGGAAAAGCCAAUCAAGAUGUAGAUUUCAUGUUUGUACUUCCAUUUAGAGAGCUAAACUUGAUUCAAGAUGAUCUGUACAGUCUUCACAGACUUCUGCUGGACUUUCAUCCUAAACUUCAAGAUCUGGACUCAAGGAUUUAUGAGAAGUGCAAAGUUGUGUUCAUUUUUGAUGGUCUGGAUGAAAGCAGAAUUACACUAAUGUUUUCAGACCAUGAAAGAGUUACUGAUGUGACUGAUACUUCAUCAGUGGGUGUGUUGAUGUCAAACCUAAUUAAAGGAAAGCUGCUUCCCUCUGCUCUCAUCUGGAUCACCACCAGACCAGCAGCAGCCAAUCAGAUCCCCUCUAAGUACAUCAACCGUGUAACAGAAAUUCAGGGAUUUGAUGAGCCUCAGAAGGAGGAAUAUUUUACUAAAAGAAUCAGUGAUGAAGAUCAAGCUAGCAGAAUCAUCUCCUACGUUAGAAGUGCAAGAAGCCUCCACAUCAUGUGUCACAUUCCAGUCUUCUGUUGUAUUUCAGCCACUGUGCUUGAAAAAAUCCUGAAAGAAGAUGCAGAAAUCCCUCAAACUCUGACUGAAAUGUACAUCCACUUCCUGCUCAUUCAGAUGAACAUGAAGAAUCAGAAGUAUGAGGAUAGAGAUACAGAAAAACUUCUGCAGUCCAACAGAGAAGUUAUUGUGAAGCUUGCUGAACUGGCUUUCAAACAGCUGAUGAAGGGCAAUGUUAUGUUCUAUGAGGAGGAUCUGAGAGAGUGUUACAUAGACAUCACUGACGCAUUGUAUUCUGGGAUUUGCACUGAGAUCUUUAAAGAGGAAUCUGUGCUUCAGCACAGAAAAGUCUACUGCUUCAUACAUCUGAGCUUUCAGGAGUUUCUAGCUGCUUUCUAUGUGUUUUACUCCCAUCUGAUGAAGAACAUGGAACCAUUGCAGAUGUUUCUGUGUGAAGAAUAUGAACAUUUUGAAAAUAAACGAGAAAAGUCUAAGAGGAACACUUUGUGUGAGCUACUAACUUCAGCUGCCGACAAAACUCUUAAGAGUAAAAAUGGACACCUGGAUCUUUUUCUGCGGUUCCUGCUGGGCAUCUCAUUGGAGUCCAAUCAGAAACUCUUACAGGAUUUACUGAAACACACAGAGAACAGCUCAGAAACCAUCAGAGAAACUGCACACUACAUUAAAGACAGAAUCAAUUGUUAUAAUCUCUCAGCUGAUAGAUCCAUCAGUUUGUUCCUCUGUCUGCUGGAAGUGAAUGAUCAGACUCUGUGCAGAGAGAUUCAGGACUUCGUAAAAUCAGACAAACACUCAGACAAAAAACUCUCUCCUGUUCACUGCUCAGCAAUAGCCUACAUGAUUCAGAUGUCAGAGGAGCUGCUGGAUGAAUUUGAGCCUAUAAAAUAUAACACAUCAUAUGAGGGGAGAUGGAGACUGAUACCAGCUGUGAUGAACUGCAGAAAAGCACUACUUGCUGGAUGUUGUCUGUCUGAUCAGCACUGUGAAACUGUGUGUUCAGGUCUACAAUCAUCAAAGUCCCAUCUGAGAGAGCUGGACAUGAGUAACAAUGACUUGCUGGUUAAGGGAGUGAGGCUGCUCUGUGCUGGACUGAAGAAUUCACACUGUCAACUGAACAUACUGAGACUUGCUGGAUGUCAUCUAUCUGAUCGGCACUGUGAAAAUUUGUCAUCAGCUCUACAAUCAUCAAACUCCUGUCUGAGAGAGCUGGACCUGAGCAACAAUGUACUACAGUAUUCAGGAGUGAAGCUACUCUGUGAUGGACUGGAAAGUUCACACUGUCAACUAAACAUACUGAGACUUGCUGGAUGUUGUCUCUCUGAUCAGCACUGUGAAAGUUUGUCUUCAACUCUACAAUCCUCAAAGUCCCAUCUAAAAGAAAUGGACCUGAGUAACAAUGGCCUACAGGAUUCAGGAGUGAAGCUACUCUCUGAUGGACUGAAGAAUUCACACUGUCAACUGAAUAUUCUGAGAUUGGCAGGUUGCAGACUGUCUUAUAAGGGUUGUGAAAGUUUGUCUUCAGUUCUACAAUCAUCAAACUCCCAUCUGACAGAACUGGACCUAAGCAACAAUGACCUGCAGGAUUCAGGAGUCAAGUUGCUAUCUGAUGGACUGAAGAGAUCACACUCUCAACUAAACGUACUUAGAUUGGUCAUCUGUAAUCUUAUGGGCCAGUGCUGUGAAAGUUUGUCUUCAGCUCUACAGUCAUCAAACUCCUGUCUGAGAGAGCUGGACCUGAGUAACAAUGACCUUAAAGAUUUUGGAGUGAAGCUGCUCUCUGAUGGACUGAAAAGUUCACAUUGUCAACUGAACAUAUUGAGAUUGUCUGGCUGUAUGGUGACAGAGGAAGGCUGUUGUUAUGUGUCUUCAGCUCUGAGUUCAAACCCCUUACACCUGAGAGAGCUGGAUCUGAGCUACAAUCACCCAGGAGAAUCAGGAAUCAAGCUGCUGUCUGAUAUACUGAACCAUCAAAACUACGCACUGGACAAACUCAAUGUGGAUCAUAAAGGAGAUUUCAGGAUUACAGCAGGACUACACAAAUAUGCCUGUGAUCUCACACUGGAUCCAAACACAGCAAACAUUCAUCUAAUUCUGUCUGAUGAGAACAGAAAGGUGACAUAUGCAGAAAAACAAUUAUACUCUGAUCAUCCAGAAAGAUUUGAUGGGUGGCCUCAGGUUCUGUGUAGAGAGAGUCUGUCUGGACGCUGUUACUGGGAGGCUGAAUGGAGCGGAUAUGCUGUUAUGGCAGUGACAUAUAAAGGAAUCAACAGGAAAGGAUGGAAUGAAUUCUCUGAGUUUGGAUACAAUAGAAACAAUAGAAACUCUUGGAGUCUGAUCUGUUCUGAAACUUUCACUGCCUGUCACGAUAAUAAGGAAACUGUCAUUCAGGUCCCUUCAUGCUCCUCUAAGAGAAUUGGAGUGUAUGUGGACUCGUCGGCCGGCAUUCUUUCCUUCUAUAGUGUCUCUGACACUCGCACACUCUCACACUUGCACACAUUCACCUCUACAUUCACCGAGUCUCUUUAUGCUGGAUUUGGAGUUUAUCUGUUGAACUCCUCGGUGUCUCUGGGCACACAAACCUGACUGAUAGAUCAGAUUCAUUCUCACUUUAUAUCUUUAACACACUUCUUUCCAUUAAUUCAUAGACAAACCUUUCUAUGAAUGAACACAGUAGGUAGUCAAAAAAAUGCCUAUUACUGCUACAUGUACCGCCAGCGUAAGGCCGCAGUGUUAAAUGCAACCCAGUCACUUUUGACACUCGUUUGCAGAAUCACCACCAGGUGGCGCAAAGGGAUGGUUUGUAAUAUUAGUCUGUAAGGCUGGAAUUGUAAAUGUAGCCUACUUGUAAAUGAAGAUAAAAUAAUGAAACAAAAAUAAUAUAAAAUUUUAUCUCAGCUAAUUAUGUAUCAUAUAAAUGUUUAAUGUGGCCAAAUAGAAUUUAGAAAUAGAACGUUUGAAAAUACUGUAGUGACUAAAGUGUGAUUUCCAUGUCAAUUCAUUUAGACACCAUUACAGUGAAUUCAAUAGUGCUCCAAUGGUAUGGUAUGACACGAUGGUUUUGUUUAUUCACAUGAAGAAGAAGAAGAAAUCAAUACAAAACAUACCGAAAAAUAUAGUGUCCAUGAAUUAAGAAAUUGUUGAUCAAUAUUUUGAAGGGUUGGAUCCACUGCCGCUUAAAUAUAUAUGCUUUGAGUGAUUUAUAAUCAAGUUAUUAAUCACCUUUAUCUUUCUAAAUAUUCAAUUAUUUGAAUGACUGCUUAAACUUAUGUUAAAGCAUUUCCUUUUCACCUUAAAACACUAGAGAAUAAUGAUGAAUAUUGUCUGUACCUCUCACUGAGAGAAAAGUACAACUUAUAAGUAUGUUUUGAGAAAUUUUCCAGUUUAUAGUUAAAACUCGGUCCAAACUUCAACCUUGAAGAAGCUGAGAAUCAUGUGUAUAUUUGUUCUGUGCAGGUUCUUUAUGGUUGCUGGUGGACAACUGGCACUCUGCUUGAGACCUGCAGACAGCUUGUCAUGAUCUAGAACAGGGGUGUCAAAUUCAAACUCAGCAAGUGCCAUGCUGAGGGUUGUGAAUAAAAUCAGGGGCCGGACAUAUAUUUAGAGGAUUUUUAACUGUAUAAAUCUGUAUUUUUCUUAGCCAAUCAGAAUCAGUUAACCUGAAGUAAUGAUGUAGUUAGUAGACUGUGUUAGAGUAUAAUGGUUGUGGAAAUGUGAAUGUAUGCAGAGCGGCCUACAAACUCCUUGUGAAACUUGAAGCUGGCUUCUGCUGAUGAAAUUGCAAAGUAUUCUUCAGUAAAAUUUUCUUCAAUCUA